AUGGCUUCCCUAGAUUACUAUUCUCUUCCUGGAUUCGGCGACAAGUGUCGGAAGGAGUUCGGAUUCAGUGACUCCUGCGUCAUAGGAAAUUGCAUAUUUACUACUGGUCAGACCGGAAUGGACCCCGUGACACAGAAAACCUCUCCGGUCUUCGAGGAGGAAGUCGCUCAGGCAUUUUCCAAUAUCAACAAUAUCAUCUUGCAUACACUCAAGAAAGCCAAUAUCUCGUCCGACUCGAAACAGCAAGGCUGGGACCAUGUGGUGAAGAUCCGAGCUUUCGUCGUUGGUCUAUCUAGCAUCCGCGGAGAAGCCAGAGAGAAAAUGGUGGAGAAUAUCAAGAAGUGGUGUCCCAAUCACCAGCCAUUGUUUACCAUGGUCGGAAUCGAGAGUCUGCCGUUUCCGGAGCAUCAUGUCGAGAUUGAAGUUGAUGCGUGGAUUGAAUAG